UAAUAAUAUUUCUGCUCUUUAAGUUAGCUCUUCGACUUAACUCAAUUAUUCAGAAGAAAUACAAUUGACCGAGGUAGGGUAGUUGUAUUGCUGCUUCAUUCUGCUUCUCUUAUUCCAUCCUGACCAUGCCAUGUCAUGUGCACUGGGCCGGGCAUCACCCUGGCGCUCCCAGCGCUCCGAUCGCCCCUAUUGGCAGGGCCACAGUACGAGGUGAGGCUAGGUGAGGCUGAGGUGUUCUGUGCAAGUGCUGCUGUAACUGAGUCAGAAUAGUCGAGAGGGCGCAAAACAACACGCAUGUUCUCGAGAAUCCAGAUCUGUUCAUAUCCAUCCCAUCUUGUCGUUUAUCUGAUCUAUACUCUACUCCACGCGUCUCUGACUGAAUGAAAGCGAUUUUUCAACCUCACCCUCUCCGUCCAUGUAGAUACUAGCACGUACACCGACAAAUGGAGGCCAUCUCGUCCCUAGCGGCGAUCCUACAGCUGCUAGGCAACGCUGCCAUCGCUGCCACCCAGGCCGCGAAAUUCAUCAGCAACGUCCGCAACGCUCCCAAAACCCAGCAUGACUUACAAGUCAAACUCGAUUUCCUGACUCGUACAGUCGCCUACCUCACCGCACGACUGGACAGCAGACGCAUUCCGCGUAAUGGUGGCGGCGGAAGCAUCGGCGGUGUCAGUAAUAUCAGUAACGAGUUAAACUGCCGACAGGAAGAAGAGGAAAUCUGGCAAAUGGCACGGGACAUUAGUGCGGAUUGCAUGGCAUGCGCGUCGCGGUUGGAAGAGCUUACCAUGAACAAGGGUAAUGACUCGCUACCGAGCAGAGUCAAGGGCCAGAUUGUGCAGGAGAUUCGCAAGCCGGAGAUUCAGCGGAUAGAGGCGAAAAUCCAAGCGAAUGUCGGGAAUAUUCAGCUCUUGCUGAGUUGUUUGAAGUUAUUCGUUGAUGAUGAUCAGGUCGCGAGAGGAGAACGCAUUGAGAGACAUCUCCUCGAUAUACGAGAACAGUAUCAGGGGUUGGAAAUGCUUCGAGAUCAUAUUGUUAGCUCGCUACGACAUGUUCUUUCGAAUGGCAGGCAUGCCGAACACGACGGACAACGCAGUUCGCAAACACACUCAUGGCUAAUAACUACAAGCAGCGACCAAGACGGUCAUGAAUGGAUGCAGACUACAGAUAGAGCAUUACGGACCGCGGAUUCAUUAAUGGAUAAGCUGUCUCGCAGUGGAUCUGAACCCAGCCAGGCUUCUCACGAAAUAGAGUCUCUUUCUAGCACAGGCGAGAUAACCAUCAUGCUGGAGCAUCCCCUGGAUAUCACCCCAUUCAUUUCUCCUCUGCCACUGAAGUCACCGGGAUUGACAAUAGAAGCCCCUCGUCUGUCACUGGACCUGAUGACGACUAUCCUGGACGAGAAUAUUAUCCAAGCGAAGCAAGAGUCUGAGCAGGGCAGAUACGAUGAGUGCGAGAGGUCCCUGCACCGAGCAAUCCAGUACGGGGAGAAUCGCUAUCAGCAUCACAAACAGGUCUUUGAGCAAUGGUUUGACCUGCAGAUCUGGCUUGCAGAGGUCUACCAAAUGCAAGGCAAGCUAUCAGAAGCACAAUCCCUGCUCGCCGAGCUCAACCAAUCCACCGCCGAGAACGGGCCGGAAUAUUGCAAAAUCACCCCGCUUCGACGAGCGCAGCUGUAUCAUGCCCAGGCUAGAUUUUGCCUGUACAGAUACGAUAAGUAUCACGAUAUUACACUUCCGAGUCUGAACGAGGUUGCCCAAACGUCGUAUACUGCGGUGGAAGAUCUGGUGAAUAAGAACAAUGCAGAGAGUUUUCCAGACACGCAUCUGGCGUACCUGGCCAAAGCAUGUGCCGAAAUUUGGAGCGAGGUGGCUGAUCUGAGUAAUGAUAAAGCCUUGUCAAAAGUGCUUAGGGAGAGGCAUUCCUCAUUGAACAGCAAUAAAAACGACAAUCCCCUACCGCAAGCUAUCCCAAUGCGAGUUCCGCGUCGCCACAGGGCGUCGACAAGCUCAGCUUACUUGGCUCAUCAAAGCAUCAUAUCGAGUUCGCCGUCCGAACGAGGGAUGUCAGAUACACAAGGUCCACCUUCUGAAACAGCGGCUACGGAAACCUCGCGAGUUCUAACCCAGAGCUUAUGCGCGGCGACUGAGGAAGGGUAUGAAUCUUUAUCGAUACAUAUGAACCGCCCUCAUGUCGAUGUCGAAGAAAGAAACCCAUCUGGCUUGACCCCUCUCCUCAUCGCAUCCAAAAGAUCGGAUUUGAGAUGUAUUGAUUUACUCCUCCGACAUUUCUCUGCAGACGUGAAUGCCCAGGAUAACCACGGAAUGAACGCACUACACCACUUACUACGAGGAAAAGUUAGUUGCGACGACGAGAUUAUAAAACUCUUGCUAUCCCGAAACAUCGACGUCAACGCAGCCAAUUUGGCCGACGGCGAGAUGCCGUUGCAUUACUGCGUUCGAUUCAAGCACUUCGAAGCCGCGAGCCUCCUUCUCAAGUCUGGCAGAGUCGAUAUUGAAGCAACGAACGCAAAAAACCAGACAGCAGCAACCCUCGCUGCUUCUAACAAUGGUCCUUUCACUAUUCCCAUACUGAAACUGCUGAGUGACUAUGACGCAAAGUUCGACACGGCGGCUAUUCCGCGCGGAAUGCUGUCUUUCGUUGAGUCGCUGAAACGCGGCCAAGAGCAACGACGCCGUAGAAGUCUGCAGUCUAGUCAGGGCGAAGCACCGAGUGUCGGUCAUCGACUGAGUAGCCAGUCGAGUCGCGCUAGUCGGAAAAGCACGAGAUGGUCUGUUUUUUCUACCCGGUCGAAUUGA